AUGCCUGCUCUCAUCAGUGAACAAAACACCGAUUGUGCUUCAGAAACAAGUAAUUCAGAGCUGGUGGUCGAGCAAGAAGAGGCUACUGUCAAAAAGGCAACAGUCCCACGAGAUGUUCGACUCGGCCAAUAUAAAAGUCAGUGCGAGGACCUGAUAUAUUACUUACAAACGAACAAAUGCAGACCAGGACUCUCAAAAAAGGAAAUCAGAAACAUAAAGAACAAGGCAGUAACACACAAGUUUAAUUCAACCAGUAAGUGUCUAUAUAAUAUAUAAUUAAAAACCUUAUAGUUGUAGCAGCUUGUGGGCUACUUUAUACUGUAUCUGCAAGACUAUAACUGACCAGUUUUAUAUGCAAUUUAUUUACCGAGCCAUGCUUUGAGGGACAGGGAGAACAUGCUUUGCAACCGACUGGUGCAAGAUUGUUUAUUAGAGAGUGACAGAGAUAGUUUUUGAAUUUCCUACAUUUCUACUGCUAUAUAUGUUGUGAAAUGAGAAAAUCACAAAUUCUACAAUUAUUCUUUUUUCUUUUAAUAUUAGAUAAUGAAUUGAUAUAUGUUGGACAGAAAAAGGACCUGAAGAAGAGAGUUGUCACCGAGUUGGAAGAAAUCAAAGACAUCCUAAACCAGUAUCACUCAAAUCCUAUGGGUGGGCAUAGUGGUAUCAAUAACACACUGGCUAAAAUUUCACAGUAUUACACAUGGCAUGGUAUGAAAGCAGAUGUCACAGAAUACGUAAGUCACAAGAACAUAUGUAUAUGGUAUUUAUUACAGGCCUAGAAAAUAUAUUUCUCUACAUGGCAGCAAAAUCCAAAAAUAAACAUUUCAGGUGUAAGUCAAAUAUAUAAAUCUUCCUGCAUAUAUGGAUUCCAAAGCCGUACAAUGCCACACAUUGUGAUAAACCCUGCCUUAUCUUGCAACAUGCUUUUGCAAACAAUGAGUAAACCUCUGGUAGUAUUAGACAAAUUGCCAUUGCAUUGAUUAAAUUAAUCCUGUAUACAACAUUUCCCACUUAUCGUGUGAUAUAAGACAGACAAUUAUGAGUAACUAAAAAGUUGUGGGUGACAGAAUGAGUUAAUAGAGAUAUUUAUCUUCUAAACAGUGCCAGACUUGUGAUCGUUGUCAAAGAUUUGAGAAGAUAAAAACUCAGGCACCAGAAUUGAAAUCAAUCAAGGUCAAUGAACCUAUGGAAUUGGUUGGAAUGGAUCUCAUUGGUAAUAUAGAUAUAUGAGUGUACAACAUACAUAUCUGGUACAUGGUGACAUCAAUGCAUAUAGACAUGUGCAAAGUGUUGUGGAGCCACAUUGCUCAAACAACCACAAGGAAAGUGAGCUUAACUGCAUUAUUGUUAAGCAGCACCCAAUGCCACUCAUACAGGGAUGGAAAAAAUAGCCUCGCAGGAAAUUCUAAACAGCUAACACAUAUCUUUUGUUUGUUUAUUGUUCUUCUAGAUUAUUUCAAAUAUUUUUAAUUACUUUUCUCUAACAUUUCGGAUUCUUCUAAGACACCAUUUUCAUCUUGCGUCAGCUGCAUGAUCAUGUGAUUGAAAACAUUACUUAGAUGUUUGAAAUUUGGAUAAGAAAAAUCCUUACUAACAGUAUCCUGUUUAUUGUUCCGUGUUUAGGACCUCUUCCAACAACUUUGGAAGGAUUCAAAUACGUCCUCACUUUUACAGACAACUUCACAAAAUUUGUGGAUUUUUUCCCAUUGAAAGAGAAAGCUGCUGCUGGAUUUGCAAGGUGUAUUCAAACCUUUGUUUGCAGGUCAGGAAAAUUCCAUUAAUUGCAUGUAACUAUAAAUAAACUAAACUUAUACUGUAUUACAAAAACUAAAAAUAUGUUGUGAACAUAUGCAGUAUAUUUAGUCACCACUUCAGUAAAUAUGUGAAUUUUUUUAUAGGUGGGGUGCCCCUUGUAGAUUAUUAUCUGACCAAGGCCGCGAGUUUGUUGCAAACGUAAGUCUACAUUUUAACUGUUGCAAAUUGUCAAGUACUACUCAUAUAUAGAUGAUUUCAUUGUUUUCACCAAGGGUGGAUUUUCAUAUUUUUCUCUGGGGGAUGAACAUAAUAUUUCUAUCUUACUUAACAGUAGUUUAAUUUAGUGCAUUUAAAUUUUGACAGGGGGAUGCACAUUUUUGUUGGGGGCGCACACAAAAUCCGUUCUUGGUUUUCACAUUGUUUGUUAUUCUUAUAAAUGCAAAUUUUCCCCCCCAAAUCGUAAUGCAUGUAUAGUGCUGUAUAUAAUUAGUUUGCAAUGUGAUACUUGAGCAUGCUUCCCCCUUUUCAUUAAUUCUAGGUUAAUAACGUGGUAUGUGAAGAGUUAAACAUCAAACGGUCUGUGACAAGUGCCUACCACCCGCAAACGAAUGGGUUGGAUGAGCGUACCAAUCAGACCCUGAAGGUUCGCCUUUCCAAACUGGUAAAUGAACAUCAGAACAACUGGGAUCAAUUUGUGGAGGAAGUUGCAUUCUCAAUUAGAACACAAAAGCAAGGAUCUACCAAAUAUAGUCCAUUCUUUCUAAUGUUUGGUCGUCAUCCUAGAACUCAAUGGAGGUAGUUAUAUAUUAAACUAAUAAUUUGAUUGGCUAAGAGCAGUGCAAUUUUUUUUAAAUAAAGUAAAAAAAAAAAGAAAUAAAGUACCAAAAAAAGAAAUGAAGUGCAAACUUUUUUCUCAUUUAUGUUUACAUGUUAAAACAUUUUGAAAUAUUUUCUUUUUAAUACAUUUUGACAGUUGUUGUUUGUUCUGUUUACAUGUUGUUGUUCAAAUUAUAGAUAUAUUAUUUUGCAUUUAACUCGCCUGCAUACAUGUAUGUGAUUAAUAAAUUUUUGUGUAUAUUAUUAAUAAGUAAUAGUAUACCUUCUCGUGCAACUUGGAAAAACAGGCACUUAUGAGUUUUUCACUUUUGAAGUGUUUGCAAUUUUGAAGUCACUCGUGCAUGCUUUUUUUCCAGAUUGCACUUGAAACCAUACAAUUACCUAUACAUUCAAAUAAGUAAAACAUAUCUCAUUGUAAAACAUGAACAAGACAAAGCUGUGUAUAGCAGUAAUACUCACAUUCUGAUUUUGCAGAUGGAAAACACAGAAGAGGACCAUGCCAUUCUAGAGGAACAACUCAAUGAUGAUGACUUAGAACAGAUGGUUAUGGCAAGAGUUUCUAAGAUGGCUAAUAUCAACGAAAAGGUUAAUAUUGAACAGUUUGUAUGUUGCACCUACUGUAACUUCCAGAUGUACUCAUCACAUUGGGUUAACAGAACUAUCCAGGGUGCGAUAAUUCAAUAUUUUUUAGGCGUACCUGACUGGUACUCCAACAAUUUUUGGAGUCGAGGUGUACCUAAGAUUAUGCCUAACAUAACAGGUAUAUAUGCUAACACCUUAACCUUAUCAAACCAUUUAUGGACAUAAGUGUUAACAAGCAUGAGAGUUUGAGAUUUUUAUCAAUCAUUUCUAAUAUUAUAAUAUUUCUGGUAUGUUAUUAAAGUUCAAGAAAACGUUGACAAAGCGCAAAAGAAGCAACAGAAGGAAUUUGGAGAAAGAAAGAGCAAGGGAGUAAAGGUCUUUGAACAUCAUGUUGGAGACCUUGUACUUAGAAAAGUAAUGAAGAAUGUCAGUCGAAAGGGAGGCAAGAUGGAAGCACUAUGGACUGGUCCUUACAGGUAAUUAUGGUUAUAAACCAGACAGAUCUGUCCAUGCCUCUUGUUAGUACAGUUAGUAGCUUAUUUAGUGGCAAUGCAUACAGUACUAAGCACACCUAAGUAGAGAUGAGUUUUGCCUAUUAAUCGGCCUGUUUGCCAAUAAAAUGUAUGACCUUCUUUGCUAUUUUUUAGGGUUGCUGAAAUUGAUAACCACCAACGUGCAACACUGCAGAACAUUGAAAGUGGUCAACCUCUAAAUGUUAAAGUCCCAUAUUGUCAACUUCGGCCCCACAAAACCAGUGAUUUGCAUGAAGAGUUAUGUGAAAGCGAGGAACUAUCCAGGGUGGCUGAAUGUUCAAACAGCACAACAUAUGACUGUGAAAAUGAUCAAGCCCCAUCUGAUGAUGUAUCACAUUCCAUGAAAGUUGAAAGUCCUUCCCAAUCACCGCCAUCAACAGCCACUAGUGUGAAAGAAUGUGAAGAUGACAUUGUUAUUCUGUCUUCCACUGGCCCAAAGCAACGUAAAACUGGGCUUCUGCCUGUUAAACCAGCCUAUUUAGAAAAGAACAUUGCAUCGCUCACAAAAACAAUCAGAAAGGAUGGAAAGUGGUUGAGUGAUGAACAUAUCAAUCAUGCUCAAGCGUUAUUAGCAAACCAGUGUGCACACAUAGAUGGAUUUCAAGCAGUGUCAGUCUUUUGUCCUGAAGGAUGCCAAAAUGUUGGAACACCAAAGAAAGAGUUUAUUCAAAUUAUGAAUGUCACAGGCGACCACUGGACAACAGUUAGUAAUGUUGCCUGUGGAAAUGAUGAGGCUAUGGUUUACGACUCGCUCUAUGAAGAUUUCAGCCUCUCAGUUAAACUGAAAUUUCUAAAAAGAUGGCAUACAUGGUCCAGCCUACAUCACAAAAUAUUACUCUUUGGUGGGGUGAUAUUCAAAAGCAAAAAGGGAGUGAUGAUUGUGGUCUUUUUGCAAUUGCUGUUGCAACAUGCCUUGCAUUUGGAAUCCUACCGGAGGAAUGUUUGUGGGAACAAGAUGUCAUGCGUAGUCACCUGUGCAAAUGCUUUGAGCAAGGCUUCAUGUCACCAUUCCCUGUUUCAUCAACCAAGCGAGCUCACAUUGGUUAUCGUCGCAUGGAAGAUGUUGAAGUGUACUGCCAUUGCAAACAGCCUUACACAAAAAAGGUUUUCAUGAUUGAAUGCGAUGGUUGUUUCAACUGGUUCCACCGUAAGUGUGAGAAGACCCCAAAAGUUGUUAAGAAAAAUAUUCCCUUCUUUUGUCGUAAUUGUAAAUAAAUUGCUCCGAACUGUAAAUAAAACGCUAAUGUAAAUAGUUGCUCCCUGUACAUAUGUUGCUGGGAUUGUAAAUAGCUGCCCAUUGUAAAUAGAAGAAUUUGUAUUGUAGCCAGUUGGGUAUUAAUAUAUAUAUUUAUGCAUCUAUGUGUACUUAUUCGAAAACUUCUUACUGUCGAUGCAAUGGAAGUGUUGAUAAAAUAUUGCAUGAAUUCAUUUGCUCAAGUUGAUCAAUCCAUACGAAUUCAAAUUUCUUUUUACUUCCUGUGCGUUUCGUAUUGGUCAAUCGGUUCUGAAACAAAAUCUAAUUGGCUCAUCUAAAAGCAACAGGAAGUUGAUCAAUUUUCUAUCAAAUGAAUUGAUCCACUUGAGGAAAGGAAUUGGUGCAAUAUUUUGUCAACACUUCCAUUGCAUCGAC